AUGAAGGUCACCGUUGUCACUCUCCCCGUCGUCCUUGCUGCCAUGGCCUCGUCGGUCGCUGCCAUCUCGCCAAAGCUUACGCUUCACCUUUCGGAUGGAAGUUCUUCCGUUCAGUAUCGCUCUGAUGCGUCAUGCUUGAACGUGAACACCGUCAGCAGCACCCCCACAGUCGCCGUUCAGAUCAAUGACUUCAACUUCUACUGCUUUACCUACGACGGUUUGAACUGCACCGGCGACCAGUUCAAGCUCGGCAAUACCAACUGGUACAACCUAUCGGACAUGACUGGCCUGUCGAAUAUCACUUCGCUCUGGUGCUACCAGCAGUUCUUCUGCUAG